AUGUUGUACGGUAUUUCAACUCGUAAUAUAAACAUAAAUAAAAUGGCUAUUGCUCCAAUUACUGGUACUUUAAAAAAAAGAAUUAUUGCUGAUAUUGCUAUUGGCUUUUCCAUUGGUGGUGUUAUGGGUUCCUAUUGGUGGUGGGGUUAUCACAAAGAUAUUAUCGGCAAGAGAGAAGCUUUUUAUGCUAAAUUGGCCGCAGAAAAGAAGGAAUUAGCUGACAACUAG